CCGCGGCCCGGCCGAGCCCAGCGAGCGAGCGAACGAGCGCCGCGCGCAGAGCACACGCUCGCGCUCCAGCUCCCCUCCCUGGCGGUUCAUGACCGCGCGCUCUGAGCGCAGCGCCACCGCCCCCGCCGCCCCGCCGCCCGGCCGCAGCGAGGGCCCCCGAGGGAAGGAAGGCAGGAAGGCAGGCGCAGCCGUGCGCCCCGCGGAAUCCGCGCCCCCCGCCCGCAGCCCGGCUGGCACCAUGCUGCCCGCGCGCUGCGCCCGCCUGCUCACGCCCCACUUGCUGCUCGUGUUGGUGCAGCUGUCCCUAGUUCGCGGCCACCGCACCACGGGCCCCAGGUUCCUCAUAAGCGACCGUGACCCUCAGUGCAACCUCCACUGCUCCAGGACUCAGCCCAAACCCAUCUGUGCCUCUGACGGCAGGUCCUAUGAGUCCAUGUGUGAGUACCAACGAGCCAAGUGCAGAGACCCAAACCUGGGCGUGGUGCAUCGUGGCAGAUGCAAAGACGCUGGCCAGAGCAAGUGUCGCCUGGAACGGGCUCAGGCCCUGGAGCAAGCCAAGAAGCCCCAGGAGGCAGUGUUCGUCCCGGAGUGCAGCGAGGACGGCUCCUUUACCCAGGUGCAGUGCCAUACUUACACGGGGUACUGCUGGUGUGUCACCGCAGAUGGGAAGCCCAUCAGUGGCUCUUCUGUGCAGAAUAAAACUCCUGUAUGUUCAGGUUCAGUCACCGACAAGCCCUUGAGCCAGGGUAACUCAGGAAGGAAAGUCUCUUUUCGAUUCUUUUUAACUCUCAAUUCAGAUGACGGGUCGAAGCCGACACCCACGAUGGAGACUCAGCCCGUGUUCGAUGGAGAUGAAAUUACAGCUCCUACUCUGUGGAUUAAGCACUUGGUAAUCAAGGACUCCAAACUGAACAACACCAAUGUAAGGAAUUCAGAGAGAGUCCAUUCAUGUGACCAGGAGAGGCAGAGCGCCCUGGAAGAGGCCAGGCAGAAUCCCCGGGAGGGCAUUGUCAUCCCCGAGUGCGCCCCCGGGGGGCUCUACAAGCCUGUGCAAUGCCACCAGUCCACUGGCUACUGCUGGUGUGUGUUGGUGGACACGGGGCGCCCGCUGCCCGGGACCUCCACGCGCUACGUGAUGCCCAGUUGUGAGAGCGAUGCCAGGGCCAAGAGUGCGGAGGUGGACGAUCCCUUCAAGGACAGGGAGCUGCCAGGCUGUCCAGAAGGGAAGAAGAUGGAAUUUAUCACCAGCCUCCUGGAUGCUCUCACCACUGACAUGGUGCAGGCCAUUAACUCAGCAGCGCCUACUGGAGGUGGGAGGUUUGCAGAGCCGGACCCCAGCCACACCCUGGAGGAGCGAGUGGUGCACUGGUACUUCAGCCAGCUGGACAGCAACAGCAGCAACGACAUCAACAAGCGCGAGAUGAAGCCCUUCAAGCGCUACGUGAAGAAGAAAGCCAAGCCCAAGAAGUGCGCCCGGCGAUUCACUGACUACUGCGACCUGAACAAGGACAAGGUCAUCUCGCUGCCCGAGCUGAAGGGCUGCCUGGGUGUUAGCAAAGAAGUAGGACGCCUCGUCUAAGGAGCAGAAAACCAAAGGGCAGGUGGAGAGACCAGGGAGGCAGGACGGACCCCCUGCACCAAACCUUCCCCAGCUCCCCUGGCCUGGCCGCAUCCCGUGUGACAUAAGUGGUGCCCACCGUGUUUGCACUUUCAAUAACUCUGAUUCGCGUGUUUUCUUUUGGGUUUCAUUUUUAAACACCAGUAUCUAAUACCCAUGGGAAAAGGAAAGGGAAAAAGGACUGUUUAUUCUCUCUCUUAUUGUAAGUUUUUGGAUUUGCUACUGACAACUUUGAGGGGUUUUGUUGUGGGGAGGGUGGGCGGGAGGGUGUUUGUUGCUGGGACUGAGAAGAAAGAGAUUUAUAUACUGUACAUAAAUAUAUAUGUAAAUUGUAUAGUUCUUUUGUACAGGCGUUGGCAUUGCUGUUUGUUCAUUCCCCUCCCUCUUCCUGCUCUCCUUGUGGGGGCUGUGGACACAUGGCCCCGAUUUCUAGACCCCAGGACUGUAACCCAAGCCCACCUGGAUUCCAUUCGGAGGCCAAGCCCUGUGUGCAUAAAGACGGGAGCCCUAUGAUGAUAUUGUAGACUCUGUUGGUUCUUUUCUGGGGGGAGGAGGGUCCUGCCCUUGCUUUAGCUGUCAGAUCUGGCAGGUCACUGGGCACUUGGCCUUCUCAAGGGAGGUUGGGUUGGGGGACAGAUGGAUAUGCCCCCUGGAGGGAGGGCAGUAGCCAGCCCAGGCACCCGUUCUCACAUCCCCACAUGGUCCUACUCUCCGGACCCUCAGGCGGCCCAGAACAGAAUCCAUCCGUGGGUAUGCCAGGAUCCUCGUGACCCACUGAGCAAAUGAUCCCCAGACGAUUUGCAUGAGGUCCUUUGAAACAUUUUUGCCCAUGUUUAGCGUCUACUCUGUAAAGCACGGGAAGGGAGGCAAAGAAGAAAAAGAGACAGUGGGGCCUUCUAUUUGGUAGAUGUUUGAUGUUUAAGCCAUGGAGGAAAGAGGACAGAGGCCAGCACUGAUGAGUGCGCUGCCAGCCCCCUGCAAACGCACAAGCAAGGCUUCCCAAGACUGGCCCUCUCAGCAGUGGGGUCAGACGGGGUCUUCAUCUCCACUCCGUAUCUCCCCUGCCAUUCUGUCUUCAGUGGUGAUAACAAGCCUGAGGGAGGAGCUCAGCUGGUCAUCUUGUUGGUGACUCCGUGGUUUAUUUGUUUUUUAACCCAAUACUGAAGAGUGUUCCUUCUCCUUCAAAUGCUCCUAAGGGCUUCUAGGCUCAAGGCCAAUUCCAGAGCAAAACUGAUCCUGGGCCUUCAACUUCUGCCCCCUCCUUGGAAGUGUAGGGCUAAUAACCCAGCUAGGGGGAAAUCCAGGCCUCACCUUCCACAGACAUGUUUCUGGGAUUCCACGGCAGCCCACCCAGCCUUCCUCUGCCCGGUGGCCGUGCCCAUUCAGACAGCCAUUAGACAGCAACAAGUGAUACUGAGUGUCUCUUCCCAUGAGCAGCCGUGGCAGCAUCAAAGGAGGACAGGCGGCCCAGGACCGGUGCCUCUAUCAGAUUGGUCCUGGAACUCUGGCCUCAUCUUGUAUCCCACCCAGCAUUCCCAUAAAUGCGCCCAACUCAGCAGACGGUGUAUCCAUUUCCGGUCUGGAAGGCAUUGACAACAGAAGCACGGGCCCACGCAAGGCCCUCCUCAGGGAGCGCCCAGGGUGGAGUUGGGGGUCAGCACAGCCUCCUCAGGACAUGCUCUGGUGGGGCCUCAUGCUAGAGAAGGUUCUUGAGCAAGUCUGAGAGAUUGUCUCAGGGGUGACUGGAGGCCCCAUACCUACGUGGUAAGGAGGAAAGGGAGCACCUCCCCCAACCCCCGCCCCCAGCAUUGGCCUGGACAGAUGACACAGCGUGCCAGAGCAGGAUGGACCUUCCAGGAGGCCCCAGCCCCUUUCCCGGGGCCUGGAGGAAGCAUGAAAACACAGAGAGGGCGCCCCCCUGUGGAAAUUCAGAACUCCUCCUUCCCAACCCUGGAUCUUCUCUCUCACACGUGUGGGCUGUGUUGUGUGGCUUGCCUUUGUGAGGACAGAGGGAGGUAUUUGUAGCUUGUUUUAUAAAAAAUAAAAAUGAGUAAACCUUGGUA